AUGAAGUUCGAAAAACUUUUAUUAAUUCUCGGCGAAUUCGGCAGGUACCAAAAACGGAAUCUUGCUCUAAUUUGUCUGGCUGCUAUACCAUGUGCGUUCUACACCUUAGCGAACACAUUUCUUAGCGCCUCGUCUGACCACUACUGCCAGGUAUUAUAUGAUCAGACGUAUACGGACAACUCUAUGCUAAAGAACUGUACGAUUCCGUACGAGGUUGAUGACGAUGGCCAUAUAGAAUGGUCAAAAUGUGAGCGAUUUAAUAUUACCACGUACGACCAGGACGCAUGCGCAUCGAAUCAGUACGAUACAAUGGAAUGUGACAAUGGAUGGGUUUACGACACUGGCACGUAUGAGAGUACGGUCGUCCACGAGUCUAAACUACAGUGUUCACAUUUCAAGUUUGAUUUAGUGUGCGAUAAGGAUUGGUUGAAGCAGAUGUCAAAAACGAUUGUUUAUUUGGGCAAAUUAGUUGGUGCCUUGGUAUUCGGUCAGCUAGCAGACAGAAUUGGACGAAAACCCGUAUUUGUUUUCAGUAUCAUAUUUGGAAUCAUCGUAGGUGUACUUACUGCUUUUUCACCAACUUAUGCUGCUUUUGCUGUUGGUCAGUUUUUCAUUGGGAUGACAACUUCUGGGAUGUAUAUAGUCGGAUUUGUUAUAUGCAUGGAGCUGGUUGGUAAAUCAAAACGCACAUUUGCUGGAACAAUGGUUUUCACAUUCUUUGCUAUCGGUUACAUACUGUUGGCUCUAAUAGCUUUUUUGUUGGACGGACACUGGAGAAAACUUCAAUUUACAAUAUCAGUGUUAGGACUACCUCUUUUAUCGUAUUAUUGGUUAGUUCCCGAGUCUAUAAGAUGGCUAAUACAACAUGGUAAAUAUGACAAGGCAGAUCAUGUACUGCGCAAAGCUGCCAAGAUAAAUAAGGUUACUCUACCGAAAAACAUAUUUGAAGAACAAAAACUAGAACUUGAUAGAAAAGCCAAUCUUGAAGAAUUAGAGACGGAAACGCCAAGGAAAUACACUAUGUUAGACCUAAUGAAGACUCCAAGACUGGCAGGUCGUACAUUAAACAUUUGUUUCAAUAUGUUUGUUGUUAUCUUAGUGUACCUCGGCAUUUCCACGAAUACGGAUGGUUUAGCAAAGAAUGCUUAUAUUGGUUUCCUGGUAUCUGGUGCCGUGGAAUUGCCAGCAUACGCCAUUUGUUAUGUUCUACUCGACAGAAUAGGAAGACGUAUUCUGCUGUGUACAUUCAUGUUACUUGGUGGCACAGCAUUGAUAGCGUGUGGUCCAAUGGUGGACGAUGAUUCUUUGCAGUGGGUGGUGACUACACUGGCUUUCUUUGGUAAAUUCUGUAUUGCUGGUUCGUACCUUGUCAUCUAUAUAUGGGCUACUGAACUCUUCCCAACGCCAGUCAGGAAUGCGGGAUUGGGAGUAGCGUCCAUGUGGGGACGUGUUGGUGGUAUUCUUUCGCCUUAUGUUGUUUUACUCGGUGAAUAUGUCUGGUUACCAUUGCCUGUGUUGAUAUUUGGAGGGUUAACUAUAAUCGCUGGAUUAUUGGCGUGGUUUCUACCAGAGACACUUCACAGGGAACUUCCAGAAACACUUGCAGAUGGCGAGGCGUUUAGCAGAAAACCAAAGGAAAAUGGGGAAGACUCAAUUGGUAUAACUAAUAUUGGAAUUCAAGUCGAUUUAGAUGAUAUCUACUCGGAGUCAACUACGAACCAAAUAAAAGAAUCGCAGACAUAACAUCACAGAAAGAUUCGGCAGCUACUUCAUUUAAAGGAAACUAUCUCAACUGAUUCAGAGAAGACCUUACAUAACGCGACAACUUGAAGCAGUACCAAUUCAUCAUCAAAAGGAACUGUAAACAAACUGCCUUGUACCUGUCUCGACCUCAAAACUGAACACAUUCAUGGACAAACUAAUACAUAAUGUUACAAAUAUAUUUAACAUUUCACUUCAACUAGAACACUUUCUCAGCUUACGAAAUUAUUAAAAACAUCGUUGCAAUCAACC